CCAACACUCAGCAUCUCUACACUCUUGGGAGGACACCGCGCAGCAGCAGCAUCUUCCUCCUUCCCACCUUGUAUCAAAUCAAAGUCGCUGAAAAGUAGAAUCGAGAGCGAGCUACCAUGGUCCUUGGACGAGUCGUGCACUAUGGCGUCGACGCCGUCCUCUUCUCGACGCUGCUAGCCGGCAUCAAACGAACAUCUGGCUACACGCUCGACGUUGAACGCAUGGGCAUGACAGAGGGCAGCACGGCCAAGUCUGUUGCGGAAAAGUACAUGGGCAUCGGCGAGUUUGUCUUUGACAGCUCCAUCGCUGCCGCUCGCGCGAGCCAAUUCUUUGCAAAGGGCCAGGCCGAGGACUCUCGGGCAAAGGCAUCGCUCUUUGAGACGUUUGGAACGACGCCUCCACCGGCAAGCGAGCCGUCGCGCUCGGCCGCCAACGGAGGUUGGUGGAAGUAGACGCGGUCCAAGCUUCCCUUCCCGGCGGUGCUAGGGCCGCAACGGUGCCGUUGCGUAAUGUCAGCAACAGGAAAGACGCUCGCGAGGCGGAGAGGAGUGCUUUCUUUUGCAUUCGCAACGUCGCCUAGGAUUUCACAACACUACCCUUUCCUUCUCCUAACACCACUCCUUUUGCUGGGCUCUUGCUUCCAAUGUUUCAAUAGUCUUUUACGGAUAUGUCACGCAGGAUCGAUUUGACCAUGCGCAAAUGUUUUUUCAUGGUGCAC